AUGUAAUCCAUCUCUUCUGUUUUUACAAAAAUAUAAAUCAAAUAACAAACAAAUUGGGAAAAUGCCAUCGUCCAGCCCUCGCACCGUCGAAGAGAUCUUCAAGGACUACAGCGCCCGUCGCUCCGCCGUCAUUCGCGCCCUCACCUACGAUGUGGACGAGUUCUACUCCCUUUGCGAUCCAGAGAAGGAGAAUUUGUGCUUGUAUGGACACCCAGAUGAGUCGUGGGAGGUGACCCUGCCGGCAGAGGAAGUUCCCCCGGAGCUUCCCGAGCCUGCACUGGGCAUCAAUUUUGCAAGAGAUGGGAUGAACCGUAAAGAUUGGCUGUCAUUGAUUGCAGUACAUAGCGAUUCUUGGUUGCUCUCUGUGGCUUUCUACUUUGGUGCUCGACUUAAUCGGAAUGAGAGGAAGCGUCUGUUUAGCUUGACAAAUGAUCUGCCUACAAUCUUUGAAGUCGUAACUGGAAGGAAGCCCGUAAAAGACAAGCCCAGUGGGGAUAGCGGAAGUAAAUCCAGGAACUCAAAGGUGAAGCCCUCUUUCUCUCUCUCUCUGAAAUUAUUGACUGCCAAAACGAAUCUGCAUACUCUUUCCCUUUAUGCAAAAUUUGGGCUUAUGACCCAAUUUGUGUCUUUGCAGAGAUCGAUUGACGGACAAGUAAGGACCAACAGUAAGGUACAUGAUGUAAGCUAUUUGGAGGAUGAAGAUGAGCAUAGUGAAACCCUAUGUGGAAGCUGUGGGGGAAAUUACAGUGCCAAUGAGUUUUGGAUCGGCUGCGACAUCUGCGAGAGGUGGUACCAUGGGAAGUGUGUCAAGGUAACACCAGCCAAGGCAGAAUACAUUCAGCAGUACAAAUGUCCUUCUUGCAGCACAAAGAAGAGCAAGUAGUGAUGAGUAACAAAAACCUCGGGGGCACUUAUGUCUGGUCAGCAGAUACUCUCUGGCCAUUGUUAUUCAUUUCUGUUCCUACUCUCGGGUCAUGCCGCCAUGGUAGUGGUCAUGACGCCGUGGUUUUUUCUUCUAGCGUUUUUCUCCCUUCGGAUAUAUGCCCCUCCGUAUUCCUCUAAUGUACAAAGUAGAUCUCGUUUCAUUUGUGUUAUUCAUGGAAUGCUCUUGAGUUUUCGUUAUUAGAAGAUGUUUAUGGUUUUGAUUUUUGGCUCUGAAUUGUUCUAUGAUGUUUAUGCAUCCUCUUGGGAGCAAUUUAAACGAUCUCGGGGUAACAAAAGUUCUCAUAUUUGGCUA